CUCAAUGUUUGGUUGUUUCCUUCCCCUCUGCAGGAAUCACCCCUCGGUUAUAGUUCAGCCGGGGAAGAGGCCGCUGCCCGCGGAAUCCCCGGACACGCAGAGGAAACGCCGGAUCCAUCGGUGCGACUACGAGGGCUGCAACAAGGUCUACACCAAGAGCUCCCACCUGAAAGCUCACAGAAGAACCCACACAGGUGAAAAGCCCUACAAGUGCACGUGGGAGGGCUGCACGUGGAAGUUUGCUCGCUCCGACGAACUGACGCGGCAUUUCCGCAAGCACACGGGCAUCAAACCCUUCCAGUGCCCGGACUGUGACCGCAGCUUCUCCCGCUCCGACCACCUCGCCCUCCACAGAAAACGCCACAUGCUCGUCUGAACCUCUUCAGCCCCCGACUCCCCUUUUAGUAUUUUUUGGUUUUGUGUUGUUUUUUCACACGUGCAUUUAAAUUUGGAUUCAGCUGGCCUGAAUCCCCCCCCGGUUUCUACCAUUAAAAGCUUCCGUAUGGUCAGUAACAGACGGUAUCUAACCCUCCUGUGUCCUCGCCACGGGUCAGACCUCAAGAAUGUGAAGGCUUCUCUCCACUCUGGGCUUGUUCUCCAGGGGAGAUGUUUAAGCAAAAACCCUUCCUGCAGCCCGUAGGUCUGGUGUGUUGCGGUGCCAACGAGGGAACCUGGAAACUGAAAACUUCUCUUGGUUUCUUCAUUUAAUCAGCCCGGCCCACGUGGAUAAAAUAGCAAAUGUUACCGAGUGCCCAAAAUGCUAGGCCUUGCCAGAGACUUGUUACUGACGUGCCCAGGGAGGGGCACGCUGGUGUUUGAUGCUCCACAGUGCAACGGAUGGACUCUUCCCAAACCCGCCUCGGUGCCUGCGGCGCGGUUG